UGUAGGAAAUCUAAAAUGAGAAGAAUAUAACAAUGUCUAGUACAAAAAUAAAAUAAAUAAUAUAUUUCUGUUUAUUAUGUUGUUAUUAAUUUCAAUAAAUAAAUUAGUUAUUAUGAUUAAAAAUAAAUUUUAGACAUGCAUUUAUUUGGUCAAAACCAUAUAAAUUUAAUAACCAAUCUUAGCACAGGCCACGCCAGUCGAGACAGAUAGGUUAAAAUAAAUUAAUAAAUAAAAUAAUUUGUUGUGUUAUAAUUUUUAUAAUUUGCAUAAAAACCGUAUUUAAAGGUUAAAAAAUAAUACGACAAGUACUGGCUUAAAAUAUUGGUGAAGUCAAUAAGUUCUUAUCGAUACUAAAGAGAAUAUCAUAGUAACCACAUAAUUGUAAGAAAAACAAAAAAAUCUUAAAUAAAUUAUUAACUAUAAAAGCAACUUGACGACACACGAACACAUGGAGAAGAAAUCUUACCCGUGUGAUGACUGUGAUAAGUAUUUCACUCAAAUUGGCCAAUUAAAGAGACACCUACGCACGCACACUGGCGAAAAACCGUACGCAUGCAAUGUAUGUGACAAGUCCUUCUCUUUUAAUGGCCAAUUGACGGUACAUCAACGCACGCACACCGGCGAAAAACCAUACACCUGUGAUGUAUGCGACAAGUCAUUCAAUGAAAGUGGCUGUUUGACAGCACAUCGACGUACACACAGUGGUGAAAAACCAUACGCAUGUGAUGUAUGUGAAAAGUCGUUCUCUGUAAGUAGCAGUUUGACGUCACAUCGACGAACGCACUCUGGCGAAAAACCAUACGCAUGUGAUGUAUGUGAAAAGUCGUUCUCUGCAAGUAGCAGUUUGACGUCACAUCGACGAACGCACUCUGGCGAAAAACUGUACGCAUGCGACGUAUGCGAAAGGUCUUUCUCUCAAAGUGGCUGUUUGACAGCACAUCGACGUACGCACACUGGUGAAAAACCAUACGCAUGUGAUGUAUGUGAAAAGUCGUUCUCUGUAAGUAGCAGUUUGACGUCACAUCGACGAACGCACUCUGGCGAAAAACCAUACGCAUGUGAUGUAUGUGAAAAGUCGUUCUCUGUAAGUAGCAGUUUGACGUCACAUCGACGAACGCACUCUGGCGAAAAACUGUACGCAUGCGACGUAUGCGAAAUGUCUUUCUCUGUAAGUAGCAAUUUGACGGCACACCGACGAACGCAUACUGGCGAAAAACCGUACGCAUGCGAUGUAUGCGACAAGGCUUUCUCUGAAAGUGGCUCAUUGAAAAAACAUCGACGAACGCACACUGGUGAAAAACCAUACGCAUGCGACGUAUGUGAAAUGUCUUUCUCUCAAAGUGGCCAUUUGACUUCACAUCGACGCACGCACACUGGCGAAAAACCAUACGCAUGCGACGUAUGUGACAAAGCGUUUUCUGCAAAUGGUAGUUUAAUUGCACAUCGACGAACUCACACUGGUGAAAAACCAUACGCUUGCGAUGUAUGUGACAAGGCUUUCUCUGAAUGUGGCUCAUUGAAAAGACAUCGACGAACGCACACUGGCGAAAAAGCAUACGCAUGUGAUGUAUGUGACAAGUCGUUCUCUGUAAGUAACAGUUUGACUGCACAUCGACGCACGCACACUGAUGAAAAAUUGUACGCAUGUGACGUAUGCGAAAUGUCUUUCUUUGUAAGUGACAGUUUGAUGGUUCACAAGCGGUCACACACGAAACACUUAUCCGAUUGAUCAAAGAUGUAUGAUCUAAGGGACAUAUUAAAAUAUGAUAAAUCAUGUUAACAUAUUAUUUAAAAAAUAUCAUUCUAACCAUUUAACAACAACUCAAAAAUAAAUUAUAAUUACUA